CUAGUUUAAGUCAAACACUUUAAUAUAAAUCUCGGUCUACUUCGGUUUGGGCUGUGGAAUUGUUGGUGAACAAAACACUCUCGUUCGGUUAAGAGUCUCCGACCGGUAAAUCUUUAUAUAUACUUGGCAAGAAAACUGUUUUCUUCUACUUCAAGAAGCCGAUCUUCUUCUUUUCUGAUUUUCUAAAAUCUAAGUUCCUUUGCAUAACCAUAAAAACCAUUUAAAGAUCCUUUUUUUUUGUAAAGAACCGAUGGAGAAUUUGAGCAAAAACUCACCAGUAAGAUCAUCGUUUCUUGAUUUUAUAUCCCAUGAUCGUCUUUGGGAAUCCAUUGAUUACCUUUUUGAACUGUUUGAUGAUUAUGGAUACGUCUUGAUCAUCAUGUUUUGAUAUUGAUCAACACCUUAAUUCAUAUUUUCAAUUGAUCUGUUUGCGAUUUGUUGAUUAUAUUAAAAUGUUGUUACAUAGGAGCCUUGUCAGAUGUGUGGACAUAUCGGUUACGUGGAUUUAAUAAUGACCUGCUUCUACUGCAGAGAAGUCAGAGAGCAUACCUAUUGCGCAAAGAUCUAUUUAAAGUCACCCCCAGACAUGUGGCUAUGUGAAGUGUGCAGAUCCUCAGCUCGCGUGUUACAUAUACCGAGUCUUGUUGACAAGGAUGUGGAGGAUUUAACAACUGAUCAUGGUGCUUCAAGCUCAGAGAUCUCUAGCGAUCGAAGCAAGAAACACAAACCACCGUAUCUGGCGUUUCCUUCUCCAAAGAGAAAACCCAGGACGCCUCGAGUUCCAGUUGAUCCUGAGGAAGCUCAUGAUCCUUGUGUCUUUCGUCGGAUCGACUGACACACCGCUAACUGAGUGCACCUGCGAUUCCUUUGGGCUCAAGUUACUUAUACCGGCUAUGUGAGGUUGGACUUCAUUGUCAUGGGACGUCCUCUCAUUGACAUUAUUUCCUUGUUACUCUGCGUUAUGCUUAUGACCUCAUUUGAGUUUGUUGUUUAAUUUUCAUCAUAUAAAAAUGUUUAAUACUCAAAUUUUGUGUUUGACUCAUCAUUUAUUUU